AUGCCUGCGCCGAAGCAACGGAAGGUCGCCAUUGUUGGCAGCCGAGCUGUCGGCAAGUCAUCCCUGGCGGUCCAGUUCGUCGACGGCCACUUUGUCGACAGCUACUAUCCCACCAUUGAGAACACAUUCAGCAAGUCGAUCCGGUACAAGGGCCAGGAAUACUUGACCGAGAUUGUCGACACUGCUGGGCAGGAUGAAUACAGUAUCUUGAAUUCCAAGCACUUUAUUGGCAUUCACGGCUAUAUGCUUGUCUACUCGGUACAAUCGUCGAGUUCGCUCGAGAUGGUCCAGGUCAUUCAUGACAAGAUUCUAAACAACCUUGGCACCCAGACCGUCCCCGUCGUUAUGGUGGGAAACAAGAGCGACUUGCGCCCCGAGCAGCGACAGGUUACCGAGGAGGAAGGCCGCAAGGUCGGUGAGAAGCUGGGGUGCGCCUGGAUCGAGGCCAGCGCCCGGUACGACCAGAAUGUCGCCAAGGCUUUCGAGCUCAUGAUCGGGGAGAUCGAGAAGUCCCAGAACCCAGGAGAGCCGCCGCAGAAGAGCAACUGCUUGUUGAUGUGA